ACAAUAAUAAAAGUCAUAAAAUACAGACAGUCGAUUCCCUAGCUGGUUUCACAUUAAUUAUUCGGUCGCUCCAACUGUCAUCCACUUUUUCCGGUCACUUUUAACAAUGCAGCGGAUGUACAACGUCAUAGCCCCCAUGCGUUUCACCGAUUUUUCAGUUUUUGUCUCCCAGUUCGUGCGAAUUUUGUUUUAUGUGUGGAGUCGCAGUACCGAUGAUUAUACAUUUAUUUUGAAUUGAGAUGCUCAAAUGGAGCAGCGUACUUUUGUUCCUUUGCAUUACUAACAAUGUUUUGAGCAAUGGUGCAAACAAGAGAGAGGCAUUGCUGGCGCUGAUUAGAAAAUUGCAGAGCAUCGCAGAGAAUCUGGAGUUCCCCGACUCGCAAACAAUAUCAUCUGCAGACCUGAGCAACUCGACAACAACCUCAGCAGCAACUACAAUGACAACAACAAACAACCAAAAAACCACAGACCCAGACUCUGGCAAAACUUAUUGCAACAAAGCUGUUUGUCCUCAGCCAAAGUGCACGGAUGUUGACAAAGCCAACUUAGCCAAAACUCGAGCUGUUUUGGCCAUUCCGAAGAUUUAUGCUGCAUCAGAGACUUGUGACCAACGCAUGGUUAUUUCAUUUUACAAAAAACUGGUUAAGGAAGCAAAAGACAGCUGCUGCGUUUUCAAUAUGACCCUAGUUUCACCAAACUCUGCUGCGAUAAUGACCUGCAUCAAAGAGGUUCACGCAGCGGAAAGAAAGUCAAAAGCCACAUCUGCUUUCGUGUUUUGGACUAGUGGAAUUUACUCACAAGAAUGUAAAGCUUUUGUUUGGUGUCCGGAGAAGGAAGUGAUCGGGACCGGUGUCAAGUGGAAGGUCGGUUUUCCUAAAAAUGACAGCGGUGAUUGCGUGGCCAUCCAAAACGGCAUGACCGAUGAAAAGGAAAACGGACUCUUCAAUCUCAAAUGCAAUAAUAACAAUAUCAACUUCAUCUGCAAUGCGCAAGACUCGUAGGAGGAAUGAUUUCUUAACACGAGCUUUUUUUUUAAAGAAUCGAUAUAAAAGAGACAUAAAAUUGAAUAUUGUUUGCUUUGUUUUAUAACAUAAAAUUACUUUUUCUUAAGCGUAUUGAAAAAAGCCAUUAGCAAGUUGUUCUUUUGAAACACCACGGAAAAAAAUAUAAGUUCAUUGUUCCCCAUCAGCAUUUUCAAAGGACAAAAAAUUACUUCCAAAGCAACAAAAUAACAAUUUCGGCUUUAUGAAAAGUAGUCAUCCCAGCGCAUUAACUUUUUUAUGUAGAACCUGACAGAAUUUUUUAUUAAAAGAUAAUUAAAUAUACAAAAUUUUAUGACAUAAAAUAUGUCUUCCUCGGUGGAGAU